AUGAGGUAUAGCGAUGACCAUGUCGCGUCGGAUGAUCUUGAAUGUGUGCUCGAGUACACCCGUCAAUUCCAAACAGCGACUCAGAGCCGCAAUGCCCAGGCCUCAUCUUCAAGAACGGCUUCUAGCAAUCCAGCCUAUGGCGAAGAGAACGUAGAUUUCCGCUCUCCCAGUCCCGACUUCGAAAUCAUCACUGCACCGUCGACCAUGGCUUCCAAGGCCACAAAUGGACGCGAUUCUUCCUUCAAACCAUCCUCUUCCACAUUCAAAUCUUCUAUACCAAACUCGAACACUCCUCCAACAACCAUGGACGAUACAGAGGAGGUGGAGGAGCGAAUAGCCCGGCUAGAUGCGGAGGUGCUUGGCUGCCGUGCGGACAUUCAGCUCAUUGAGCAGCGGAUACGAAAUUGCCUCGAAGAGAAGAAGCUUCUGGAGGCGGGGCUGCGGGCUACUCGUGUUUCUCGUGGUUCGGGUGCACACCUUCAGCUGCAUGGUAUCGGGCAAGGGAAUGGGAACAGCAAUGGCAAAACGACGACAGAAGCGUUUAUUAACUAUGAGACGGAGCCGUUUGACUGGAUAGAUGGGCUGAAGGCGCGUAUGCGCGCGGUGUUCGGGAUUCAGGAGUUCAGGCUGUGUCAACAGGGAGUAUGUAACGCGAAUAUGGAUGGGCGAGAUAUUGUUUGCAUCAUGCCUACCGGUGGUGGCAAAUCGCUCACGUACCAACUCCCUGCUCUCCUCACCCCAGGGUGCACCCUUGUCAUUUCUCCACUCAUAUCUCUCAUGACCGACCAAAUUCUUCAUCUUCGCGAGGCCGGCAUCGAGGCUGCUAUGAUAACAUCCGCCACGUCCAAACCCGAGAAAGCACAGACAUUGGAGCGGUUGAGGAUGCUCGCUGGCCGCAAGCUUGGCCCAGGACAAAAAGAGCUCAAGUUGGCCUACGUCACUCCCGAACGCAUGAAUAAGGAUAAAUCCUUUCGCUCUCUUUUGCAGAGGAUGGACGAGGCUGGGAAGCUCGCAAGGAUCGUGAUCGACGAAGCCCAUUGCGUCUCGCAGCUUGGACAUGACUUCCGACCAGAUUAUAAGGAACUUCAUCUUCUACGCAAGAUUUUUCCUAACGUACCAAUCAUGGCGCUCUCUGCAACGUGCGGACCGCGCGUCCUGGACGACCUCAUCCACAUCCUUGGGUUGAGAGGGAUCGUUCCUGGCGCCAGAGCGCCCAAACAAGGCACCGUCUAUUUUACUUCGCCUCUCUACCGCAAGAACCUGCACUAUCGUGUCGUACCCAAGCCGGAGAGCGCCAAGGAGCAGUUUGAAAUAAUGAAGAACUACAUUCUGGAAAACCACAAGGAUGAUUCUGGUAUCAUAUAUUGCUUCAGUCGCAAGGACUCGGAGGUCGUGGCAGAGACCUUGCGAGAUAUCAGCGGAGGAAGGAUCAAGACGGGAGUGUACCACGCCGAGGUGGGCGACAUUGACAAGCAGAGGCUGCACAUCGCGUGGAGGGAAGGCGAGAUUAAGGUUGUUUGCGCAACUAUCGCGUUUGGUAUGGGCAUUGAUAAGGGGGACGUGCGUUUCGUGCUGCACCAUUCGAUAUCCAAAUCACUUGAAGGGUUCUACCAAGAGUCGGGGCGUGCCGGACGAGACGGAAAAGACGCCGACUGCGUGCUCUAUUACCGCCCCCAAGAUGCCUCCACGAUGGCAGGUACCGCGGGUUACGACAGGGAUGGGAAGAUAAAGUUGCACGCCAUGCUCGACUUUGCAGAGGAACUUCGGAAGUGUCGGAAGAACCAGUUCGCAGAGUACUUCUCACAUGCGUCCAAAUUGGACGUCGGCGCAUGGGCAACUUCUGAGCGAGGCGCGCUCGAGCGAUGCGGGCACUGCGACAACUGUACGCGCCCCGCAGACGCCAGCGAGCGUCGCGAUGUCACUUUGGCGACAUGGCAGCUCUUGAAAAUCGUGCAGGCUGUGAAGCAGAGAGGUGGGAAGGUCACGCUCAGCAGUCUUGCACACCUCGCUCGUGGCGGGGGCAAGGGUGCGUUCGAGGUUGCUGCAUCUGGGAGGGGACGGAAUCGGAAGGAAAAGCAGACAUGUACACUGGAUUUUCAGGAGGUAGCUGGUGGGAAGGUUGAGCUCAGCAGAAUCGAUAUCGAACAUCUUAUUGUUUACCUGACGACACACAACUUCCUCCAGGAAGAGUAUCAGUCGACCCCCUACAAGCUCAUCGUGCACCUUGGGCCAGGGCAACAAGCAGGCAGAUUGCUCUAUCAUUCGCGGGACGCUAUACUUGCCGGCGGCGCCAACCUCAAAGUGGAAUGCGAUUUCCUGAAGGCAAUCGCCAAAGUCCGUGCGUCGAAGAAAAAACUUGACGAAGCCGGCAAACGGAAAUCGAAAACGAGCGGCAAGACCAAAGGCAAAGGCAAAGGCGCCGGUGAAGAUAGCAACCCUGAAGAUGACGAUGACGGUGAUAUUGGUGAAUAUAACAUAAUUGAACAACUAACGCGGUCGCGACGCGUGUCUGAUCCCAAGGGCAAGGGGAAGCGGAAGGCUGACGAAAUGGACGACGACGACAGCAUGUACGCCUCAGACAGCGCGGCUCAUCCUGAACGCGGCUUAGGCGGCUUCGGCGACGACAAUGACGACAGCGAUGAGGGCGAAUAUUUCGAUUGGUCACUCACCAUGCGGGAGGGGCCGAAGCUUGCUAACAAAAGACGGAAGAGCAGUGGCGAUGCACUUGGCGUUGGUGUUGAUGUCGGUUCUUCGAAGAAGACGAAGGGAAGAACCGCGAGUGGCUUCAAGAUGAACAUUGUCCAAGAAGGGGAUAACGAGGUGAUGGAACUCUCGUCUGACUGA